AUGAAAGCAUCAUUGCAAAUCAUUAUCCGAGUGUUGCGAAAAGUACAGAAGCGGGACUUGAACUUGACUGUUCAUGGAGCUCAGGUAAAAGUGCCCAUUGGCGUGUCCCCCUGUGCCAUGCACAAAUUGGCUCACGAGGACGGGGAACUUGCAACUGCUAGGGCCGCUGAAAAGCAUGGUUCGGUAAUGAUCCUGUCGACGUUGUCCACUUGCAGUAUGGAAGAGGUGGUCGAAGCGGCGCCGAACGCUGUCAAAUGGUUUCAACUGUACACAUAUAAAGACAAGAAUUUGACCAAGUCGUUGAUAGGCCGAGCAGAAAAGGCCGGAUUCAAAGCACUGGUGUUGACUGUCGAUUUACCCGGCGUACACGGAAUCCGUUACAAGGAUAUAAAAAACAAUUUUAUUCUGCCCAGUCACUUGAAAUUAGAUAAUUUCGCCAACGAAAUUUCGAAAAUGGAUCCAACCGAAGGCUCAGGAUUGACAAAAUACGUAAUGAACCUUUUCGAUGACGGUUUGUGUUGGGAAGACAUCGAAUGGAUAAAAACCUUUACAAAACUGCCAAUUAUAGUGAAAGGUAUUAUGAGCCCUGAAGACGCAAAAAUCGCAGUCAAAAUAGGAUGUAGCGUUGUGUUUGUUUCCAACCACGGAGGAAGACAAUUGGAUACAGUUCCUGCUACAAUUGAGGUCCUGCCAAGCAUAGUACAAGCAGUUGAAGAUCGCAUCGACGUAUACUUGGAUGGCGGUGUCAGACAUGGAACUGAUGUUUUUAAGGCUAUAGCUCUUGGUGCCAAAUUAGUAUUUUUCGCUCGACCUAUUUUAUAUGGUUUGGCAGCUGAUGGCCAAAAGGGCGCAGAAAAAGUUUUGGAUAUCCUGAUAAGUGAAUUUGAUAAUUCAAUGGCCUUAUCAGGUUGUUCUUCGUUAGAUAAAAUCAAGAAGAGCAUGGUUGCACACAAAUCAGAAUUUUUCAAAUUGUAA